AUGGAAUAUAAUUCAGCACCUCCGGGCCAUUGCCAGGACAAGAAGGUCAUGACGAGCAACUUAUCAGUCACGUACACAUGUGGUUGUGUGCUUCCUAGCGUUUGUUCUGAAUGUGGAUUUCCAACAUCAACUAGUACAAAAAACAUACCCUCGAACCCCGUACCGGCUACCAGGGUCAAAAAUUCAAUUAUCACAUCAACGAAGGACCAGCCAGGGCCCUUUACCCACAAGCUUCGGCCGCGAUCGGAAGUCGGUACAGUGUGUGUGGCUGGAGCAACUCUAUCCAGCCUUAUUCUCUCACUUAAGACACUGGACGCCUGUAAGAAGAGUCGCGGGUGGUUCGUUGACGGUUGCAAUAUGGAAGAGUCAACUCCAGGUAAACUUGUACCCCAAUGGCUUGAUAAUGGACUAAAGCAAACGGGUAUACUUUUCGAGGAAGGAAUGGUUACAGCCCGCACCCAUGGCAUCUGCAUAGAUUGCGGGGAUAUCGUGAAGGCCGCUGCCAAACGCUCUGAAACGAUGAUCAGCGCCCUGAAGGCCCCAUAUGUUGGGUGCGCCACUGCGGCGAACGUGAUUGAGCUGGGACGAAUUCUCGCACGGUGCCGCUGUGACCAUGGGGUGGACCCCGUUGCGGAUGCCGCAGCUAAGAUCAACAACAAAGUCCCAAAGCAGCCCGCUUCUGUGAAGCCAUUCAUCUCAUAUCUUGGGGGUCAAGAUGCUUGGGAAGCGGCUAGUACAUCCGUUAAUACACUCGUUGGUUGGCGCGUGAAUGCAUGUUUUGGUGGCUAUGUAAGCGACUCUUUGGCUCUGGGCAUAACGAUGUCGAGCAUAAUCGACGUUCAUCUCGACUCGCUUUCUGACCGCAUGAUGGUCGACUAUGCGGCACCACUUCGCGAUGAUACGGGGCGCCGCGAAUACGGGGCGCUUAUUGACUACCACCAUGCGUUCGUCGAGAUUAGCCUGUGGAGAAGCCACAUCCAGAAACUUACUGCAGACACCGUCAGGUCGAUCGGUGAUAUACCUGCAUAUACAUUCUUCGGUGACGAUGCAACUUUAAGACUAGUCGAGCUUGUGGGUGUAACCGAGCAUGGAGCAGGAACAACUGCUGGCCUUCGCAAUGCGAUUUACGUCCCAUGGAUUAUCGACCUGGCUGACGGUGUCUUCAUGAAUUCUAUCACUGAUAUGGGCCAGGAGGUUGAUCUGCAUGAGCUGGGGGUGUUCUCCUACGACCUAGGACCGCAUAAUAGACGCGCCAUAUGCAGGCGGAUCUCUGCCCAGGUUGCCGCAGCUACUCAGGCUGGUGAUAUACGCUACCCCGGGCUUAUCGUCGCAAAUUACAUGUACUCUAUUGUGGAUGAACGCCACAAUUACAGAAAGCGCCUCACCGAUGCUCUACGCUCCUACAUUGAAGCUUCCAAGCAGCUAAGUGGUGCGGCCAGCUUGACCGUGGUACAACCCUCGAGGCAAGGCCCCAAUAGCAAAGCAUGUUGCGAGCUUGUAGAUGCUGUUCGUAACUAUGUUUCUGACAAUUGGCUACAUGGCAAGAAUCCGAAUAUCGUGGCAGAGAUCACGCAGGCAUUCAUUUCCAGAUUCUAUGAUCAGACACUACCAGACCUGCCAACUGGACAGCUCGUGGAGCCAAUCGUCGUUGAAGCAAUUGCGACGCACGCGAUUUUGCCCGUUCUCUGCGCGUAUGGGCUUCUGGAGGAACAGAAAUAUGAUGAAGUUGGCGUACUAACAGAGCAGCCGCUUCUAUACAAAGCAUGUUUAGCUGAUGAUGUGGAAGCGAUAUCAAAGGUUGGAUCAUGGGUUUGGUAUGCUGUGUCUCACGCGUGGUUUGGCGCGUUUGCCUACCAGGACUAUGCAUCGGGAAUAGUCAUAGCUCCAGAAUGGGACUGUGGGUUCGAGGUGCAAACAUUGCCAGGUUUGAUGCAUGAAAAAGUAUGA